AACUUCGCACUGGAGCAUGUGGUGAACUGUCAUCGCAAACUCGACGACGCGAUAUCCUAAAGGAGUACGAGCUUGUUGCUUCAACUUCGACUUAAUUGUCACUUUUACAACAACAACGGCCAACAUGAAAGUUGUGGGACCUACCUGCGCUCUGAAGAGCAAAGUCGGCGGCGAAGAUGUCGUCCGGUGUCUCUCCGACCAGAGCCUGACCAUCAACAAAUGCAAGAUUCCGCUACUGGACGAGCAGAUGACCAUGUUUCUUCAGGACAUGAACAGCUGCUACAGCAAACUGAAAGAGCUGGUGCCCACAAUACCGACCAACAAAAAAGCCAGCAAGGUGGAGAUCCUCCAGCACGUUAUUGAUUACAUCUGGGACUUGCAGGUGGAGUUGGACGAGCCUGGCAAGAGAAACCAGAACUCCGCUCCCCGCACUCCUCUCACGACUCUGAACGCGGAGCUGGCGAGCAUCACAGUUGAGAACGGAUGUUCGGAUGACCGGAUCAUGUGCCGUUAAGCUGAUGCUCCAGGUUUUCUAUCAUCUGCUAUGGAAGCAUCCCGAAGAAGGUGUGCUGACGUGAUGGACCAGCACCGUCGUGACGCCUUGAACUGUUGGGAGAAUCCCAUUUCUCCUGUUGUAGAGGAAAAAGCUUUUCAGUAGAGAGUCACAAAAUACUUGGACAUGCAGAGUGACCUGCUCUCUGAAAUAUACAUAGACUGUGUUAGCUGUGGAAUCCAUGGCGAUUAUUCACUUAUAGUUCAUGCAUUUUUUUUUUGUUCAAAGUUAUUUUUUUACAAUGUUUAAUGUUUUCAUAACCUUUAGAAAAAUGUUAUAUUUUGCUGUAAAGGUCGUUUUCUCAGAUUACUGAGCGAAAGAAUGUAUUGUAUAUUACAAUGACACGUGAUGUGAAUGAUUAUUGUGUUUUUUACAAUGUAUCUGGUGUUUUUUAAUUAAAACAAGAAAAUGAGAUUA